CAAAAAAAUUAAACUAAAUUGGGAAAAUAAAAAAAAAAGGAAAGAAAAAGAAACCGCGUCGUCUUCACCCUCUGAAGAUUCUCAUUCAAAUGGCGACCGGUUCCGAGUCUCUCUUUGAACAGCGAUAACUGAUCGAUCGAUCGAACGAUGGAGGGAUCAGAAGAGCGUGAGCCCGUGGAGGUCAGGGCCCUGCGCUCUCUCGGGCUGGGCUUCGAUCUGACCAACGACUUCAGGCUCAAGUUCGCCAAGGCCGACACCAGGGACAUCGUGAUCCCCGGGAACAUCACCAUCAAAGACGUGCCGGCCGAUGUCGGCUGCGACAAGGGGGAUCGGAUUCGGUUCCGCUCCGACGUCCUCGAGUUCAAUCAGAUGUCCGAACUUCUCAACCAGAGAUCGUCGAUUCAAGGGAAAGUCCCUUCAGGCUAUUUCAAUUCCCUUUUCGACUUGAGCGGGGCGUGGCUGGAUGACGCGAAGAACACCAAGCAUCUUGCUUUUGAUGGUUACUUCAUUUCCCUGUACAAUUUGCAUCUAAGGUCUUCUCCGUUGGUGCUUCGGGAGGAAGUAAAAAAGGCUGUUCCGUCGAAGUGGGAGCCCGUAUUACUAUCGAGGUUUAUUCAGACCUAUGGUACACACAUAAUUGUUGAAAUGGCAGUCGGAGGUCAGGAUGUAAUUUGUGUUAAACAGAGUCAUUCUUCAACUAUUUCUUCCGCUGAGCUUAAGCUACAUCUCGAGGAUCUGGGAGAUAUCUUAUUUUCAGAUGAAAGAAGUCUUUCUCCACUACAUCGCAAGGGUAGAGAAGGAAAGAGUAAGGCACCUGAUGUUUUCUUCAAAAUCUUGCAAUCGAACAAUUUGCAAUUGUCCAGUUAUUCUGAAACUUCUACCAAGGAUGGAAUCACUGUCGUAUGUUCAAAACGAGGAGGAGAUGCAUAUUUGUGUAAUCACUCCAAAUGGCUUCAAACAGUACCUAUUACGCCUGAUGCUAUACUUUUCAAGUUUGUGCCUAUCACCUCCCUUCUCACUGGUGUCCCAGGAAGUGGUUAUCUUAGCCAUGCGAUCAAUCUAUAUCUUCGCUAUAAACCCGAUCCUGAGGAUUUGCAGCGUUUUUUGGAGUUCCAAGUUCCGCGUCAGUGGGCACCAAUGUUUAAUGAUUUUACUCUUGGACCACAGAGAAGGAAAGCUUUUUACCCUAGUCUGCAGUUUAGAUUUUUAGGUCCUGUACUUCGCGUCAAUACUACCCAGGUCACAAGUAAUCAGAAGCCAGUGGUCGGGCUACGGUUAUUCUUGGAGGGUAGGAAGUGCAAUCGGUUAGCCAUACACUUACAACACCUCUCAAGCCUCCCCAGCAUGUUCACAACUUCCACUAGUUCAAUGUCUCAAUGGCAAGGCUCAGAAGAUUCAAGCUCCGGAUUUCUUGAACCUAUCCAAUGGAAAAAAUACGCAAGCGUCUGUACAUAUCCUGUGAAGUAUGACCCUGAAUGGCUCGAGAAAUCAUCAUCAGAGGGUGUUUUUGUGGUCACUGGUGCUCAGCUGAUAACCAAAGGGAACUGGCCAAAGAAAUCCCUCCAUAUUCGUCUCCUCUUCACUCACAUCCCGUACUGCUCUAUUUUAAGGACAGAAUGGGCUCGUACCCCUGCUUCGACUUCACACAAGGGAAGUUUUCUUACAAACAUUAGUACCACUUUCACGCAGCGUGAUACUGCUGCUCAUAAGCACGAGCCUCCGGUAAUUUUGAAUUCUGGGGUGUACCCAGACGGCCCCCCGGUGCCAAUCCAAUCGAGAAAACUGUUGAAAUUUGUGGAUAUGGCCGAGGUUGUGAAAGGGCCACAAGAUAUCCCAGGACAUUGGUUGGUGAUUGGAGCCAGGCUUGUUAAAGAAAGCGGGAAGAUUGGGCUUCAUGUGAAGUUUGCACUGUUGAAUUAUUCGGAAUCUCAAGGGUGAGAAGGUGAUCCGGUGUACAUAACUGCGGAGGUGUUUCUUCCUAGUUCUCCUCUUGUAAAUGUUAGGGGUGUUUCAAAUGUAGAGCUUGGGCUGAAUUUUGUCUAGUGUGGUUAUUAAUUCUUUUAGGAAUUAGUAAUAAUUUUUGGUGUAUAGAGGGGUGUGAUGACCGAGUGAGAAUGGAAAUGGUAUUUGCAUGCAGAUUUGUAUGUCGAAUCUUUUUGGAUGCUUCCUUGACGAUAGUCGUCUUUAGACGCUGAGAAAGAUUUGAGAGAAUAAAAAAGAGGAUGAUGUGGAAGUUUUGAUGAA